UCCCGUGCUGCCCGUCGUCGUCCUCCGAGUGUGCUGCCUGCUUUGUGGACUUGUUUUCCCUCUGUUAGCAGACGAAACAGGACAUUUGUUCGCUGGAGUAAUUUCGCUUUGACACCAGCGUGUCGGACUAACGGCCCAACACCGUUCCCAAAGCGACUCCAACCUUCUGGCUCCCAAGCAAGACAUGAAUGGUCUCUACGCCGUGCGGGAAGAAGGCGCCGGAGGAGCUGGUAGUAUGGACGAUAUGGACGCGUCCGAGGCCCAGAAGCGGAGUAAGAACUUCUUCUAUCGACUCGUUCGGCCGUGGAAGUGGGGGAGGCGGUUCAGGAAGAAGGGGAGGCAAGCUGGAGUUUGUGUGUUUUUAACGCGACGACGCUGGGGUUUUAGACUGUGAGGAAAUUUCGAAGGGCUUGUUCUCUAAUUAAGUGAAAUACAAAAUGAAU